AUGAAUAACUCCUCUGAUGUCACAUCUGUUUUAUCCUGGGAAAGCUUUAACAUACCUCCUGGAUGGGUCUACCCUGCAUUUAUCUUGGGAAUGUUAUGUUAUUGUAUUAUUGUUUUCUGUAAUCUUGUAAUCCUUCUUACAAUUGGUAUGGAAAAACAUCUACAUGAACCAAUGUAUCUACUAGUUUUCAAUCUCCCCAUCAAUGAUCUAAUAGGAGCCACUGCCUUAUUUCCUGCAUUAAUGAGAGAAAUUCUACUUGAUUCCAAGUCAAUAAGUUAUUCUGCCUGUGUCACCCAGGCUUUUUGUAUCCAUAUUUAUGCAAGUGGCUCUGUACUGAUACUGACAGCAAUGGCAUAUGAUAGAUAUUUAGCCAUAUGUUGUCCUUUAAGAUACCGUGCAAUUAUGACUAAUGCCUUUUUAUUGAAAAUGAUUAUUCUGAUUUGGAUACUUAAUGUCACAAUGAUAAUUGUGCUUUUUCUAAUGGUUCUGCGGUUGCCACGAUGCCGAUCCUUUGUUGCCAACACUUACUGUGAUAAUUUGUCUCUUGUGAGACUUGUCUGUGUAGACACAAGUGCAAAUAACAUUUAUGGACUCUGUAUAACAUUUUUUUUGCAGGUGUCAUCUAUUGGUGUUGUUAUCUUCACAUACCUUCAAAUACUUUUCACAUGUCUGAAUAACAAACAGUCUGAUGCAAAGAGCAAAGCCAUUCAAACUUGUGCUACUCAUUUAGUAACUUUUAUCAUUUUGGAAGUUACUGGUUUUCUUACAAUAAUUUCAUAUCGUUUUGAGAGUUUUUCACCACAGGUAAAGAAAAUAUGUGCUGUGUUUGGCUUAAUAUUUCCCCCAACACUGAAUCCAAUAAUAUAUGGCCUUAAGAUAAAAGAGAUCAGAAAUAAAAUACCAUUGUUUUUUACUCGAAAAGUAGCAUCAUUCUAG